GUUUCGAGAUUCCAAAGCAAACCAACUCGUGCGCUCCUCUACUCUCUCUACGCGGUCUAUACACAGCGUUAAAACGCGGGUUAAGGUUUCUUCGCUCUCUUCGCUCCAAAUCAGCAUACACCACUUUCCUCCUGCCUCUCUCUCUCUCUCUCUCUCAGCUCUCGCUCCUCACUUUCGCUGAUGUUUCUGCCCAAACCCCACUGAAUUAUCUCUGAAUCUUCUCUCUCUUAUUCCCUUUCCUUCCUCCUUAGGGUUUUGAAUUCUCCCAAUCAAAAACAUAAAUUAAAAAAGAUCCUACUACCCUCUCUUUUCUCCCUCUCAUCUUUUAUAAUCUCUCUCUCUCUCUAAAAAUGGAAGUCAUGCCCUUCAGAGAACUCAUGCCCCUGAGAUCUCUUCCGGUAGGGUACCGAUUCCGACCGACCGACGAAGAGCUCGUAAAUCACUACCUACGAUCCAAGAUCAACGGCAUUGAGGAGGCCGUCAGUGUCAUCCGUGAGGUCGACGUCUGUAAAUAUGAGCCGAACGAUCUGCCAGAUAUGUCUCUGGUAGAGACGAAUGAUGAUGAGUGGUUCUUCUUCUGUCCGAAAGAUCGGAAGUAUCAGAACGGGCAGCGAUUGAACAGGGCGACGAAGAACGGUUACUGGAAAGCAACUGGCAAGGAUAGGACGAUCAGGUCUGGACGGAAAGCAAAUACUAUUGGGAUGAAGAAGACUUUGGUGUUCUACAGUGGGCGUGCUCCUAAAGGGCAGAGGACUAAUUGGGUUAUACAUGAGUACCGUGCGACUAGUAAGGACCUUGACGGCACUCAACCUGGACAGGGAUCCUUUGUCCUUUGCAAGCUAAUCAAGAAGCACGAUGAGAAGCUGGAGGGUAAUCAGGAUGAUGAUGUUGGAGAAGAUUUUUCUUCUCCUGUCACUAUUAAAUCAACUGCUGAUGAUAUGCAAUCAGAACCAGUAACUCCCAGUACGAGCGCCCUAGCUGAAAAGCUCUCUCCUAGCAGUGAGAGUUGCCUCGCUGAUAAUUCUGACAGAACAUCUCUUGAUGCUUUUUUGACUCAUGAAUGGCCCAAUGGUGGUCUUCAGCCGGAUUUCGAGCUAGAACAAUUGUUGAGUCAAUUUUGUGACCCUAAUCCAGAAGCACAGGAUGCCAAUGGCAAAAUCUUCUCGCCGGUGCACAUGCAUCGCAUGGAACUUGGAUCUUCAUAUAACAUGCAUGGCAUCUUCGGUAGUGACAUGGGGAAUAACCACAAUGGGGUGCAGUUUCAAUAUGGUACAAAUGAACAUGAUAAUGUUGUAGAUUUCUUGGAUUCAGCCCUGGGUGAUAAUUCCUAUGAAGAUCCUGGGAGUUGCAAGAAUAUUCCUUCCGCAAGCAGUAUUGCUUUAGGAAGCGGGCAACCUCAUUAUAAUUACGUGAUGGCUAACGACACUGGAUCUUGCAGUGGGUCGGAUGCAGAAGUGGCCCAGCCCCAGUCACAGGUUGUGCAGGCUGUAUCUGUAAGAGCUUAUAGAACUUCCGGAAUUGGCUCCGAAGGUUCUGUUAUGCUGCAAAAUGAGAUGGUUGGCCAAUGCUAUUUCCCCGACAGUCCUGAAGAACCAAGCAUUAAUACCAUUGCUGCUGGCAAUGAUGAUAUCUUUGGAACCGGAAUCAGGAUCAGGGCUCGGGAACAUCAAAAUCAACCUAGUAAUGCAAAUUCGGGGUGGCAGGGAACUGCACCAAGAAGGAUCAGAUUGCAGAAGAAACUCCAGGUUGGGCCAGUUUCCUGUGGCGAUUUCGGAGAUUUGAGCUACAAAGAAGAGAACUCUGAAGCAAAAACACCAAUUGUAGCUAAGGCUGAAGAAGAGAUUGAACAGGAUGCUUCCCUAUCACAGUUGAAGAUGAAAUCAAAAACUCAUGUCCCAUCACGUGGUGCAUUGUUCUGGAUUUCCUCAUCUAUGUUCAUGCUGCUCGUGGUUGUGGGGUUGUCCAUUGUCGUUUUGAGCCUGCGGAAGUACCUUAAGGUUGAAGUUGAUUAGAGAGGAGAGGCCCUUUUUCAGUGUGUGAUUGAGUCUAGUUAACGUUUAGCCGGUGAUUAGGAUAAAGAUGGAUUGAGACGUUUAUUCACAUUAUGUUAAUAUUGAUCUUUUUAACUAUGGUAUGUUUAUGUAAAUCUUCUCCCUUUGUACAAUAGAGAUUUAUAUGCAGAUAACAGUCUCUUACGAACA